AUGAACACCCUCUCUUCCUGCCCAAACAUUCCUUUAUCUGCAGUAGUGCCACACUUCCACCCUCCUGAGUUCCUUCUCUGUCGUGGAAUAUAUCUUACAGGAUAUGCAUACAUAUUAGAGUAUGCAUAUUGCGAACGAAUGCUAGUAGAUAGAAUGGCCCAGCAUUCACCUGCGAAAGGUGAUCCUCUGCAGAAUUCAUCAAAUGCGGUGAUACGUUGUCUGUGGAAAGAUCGCGAACUCGCUGAUCUUCUCUUCAAACUCAAAUUUGACCCGAAUCAACCUGAUAAAGUAACAGUAUCCGGAUUGUCAAUUGACGAUUAUCCCUCACUAAAAGAUCUGGAUAUUGCCGAAUUUUGCUCGCAAAGACCACGUCCUGUUCCACAGGAGCUCAUCGACCAACUCAAUGAGACGGAAUGCGUUUAUACAAUUGGUAUAUUGCCCGAGAUCAGUCGUGCUUAUAUGACGAUGGAUUCAGAUCUGUACAUAUGGAACUACGAGGAGAAUUCUGAUUUGGCAUAUUUCGAUGGUAUCCCGAAUACAAUUACUAAGGUGUUAGUUGCAAAACCAAAGACUGGCGUUUUUCAUGAAUUUGUUCAUCACGUUCUUGUGGUGGCGACGACACGAGACAUUCUUUUAUUGGCAGCGAGUUUUACGAAUGAACACAACAUGACAAUAGCUGUUGAUUCAGUGAAUGUUUCAAGUGCUCAGAUGUUUCUUUUACCUGAUGCCCUUUUCAAAAUACCAUUAGAGGGAAGCACUGUAUCGGAUAUGGUGACCACACGUGACGGUCGUAUUUUCUUUGCAUCAGAAGAGUGUAUCUAUGAACUGGAUUAUCAGGAUAAAGGUUGGUUUCAACGGAAAUGUCGUAAAGUGAAUCAUUCAAAGCGUUUACUCAACUAUUUACUUCCAUCACUCUCCCUCAUCACGGGCAAAGAAGAGAAGAUUGCACGUCUCAGUGUUGACGAUACUCGCCAUAUCCUGUAUACUUUAUCAGAGAAUGGUUCCAUUCAAGUGUUUGACUUGGGUAAUGACGGCAAUGAAAUGCGAAAAGUGGCAUCGUUGAGUCACGCACAAAUUCAAGAUAGAGCAUCAAAUGAGUGUCGAACGGUGGAUCGUGCCUUCUUCACCGAUAUUGUCAGUAUCAAUGCAAUACCGUCGACUCGUUCACAAUAUUUACAUUUGGUAGCAACAACACGCAAAGGUGUUCGUUUAUACUUCACAUGCUUACCACCAACCCCAAUCAGCGCUCUAAUAUCGACACCUUACGGUGUCUCGCCUCCAUCGUUACCCGAAACGGCUGAUAUUCGACCAACUGAUCUCAGACUUCGUCAUGUCCGAAUCCCACCUGGAUAUAAUGCUGGCGGAAUUGGCAAUCCGUAUUUCACAGUUUAUGAUUCACUCUUUUCUCAUGAAGUGUCCGUGAUGGUGGCGGAGUGCGGAGUUGAUGCGGCCUCAACAGUAACUUGUUUCUCAUCAUCGAAUUUAUCUGCGCAAGAUUAUUUAAUGGAGAACUUGACAAAAUUUUCGUUCACAACAACCGUACUUGCUGUGGAGCGAACGUUAUCGAAUGCGGUUAGUGGUAACUUUAUGAGUGAUCUUAUAAAUUUUAGAUCGAAAGUACAGUUUCGCUCUCACUUUCAGUUACCAGUGGAAGGGAGCGUUGAUGUACGUCCGCCGUAUAUUAUAUCUCAGCAUCGUGAUCCGCCCGAAAGGAUUGUCAUUCUCAACGAAAAGGGAAUUUCAAUAGUUGAACAGAGAUCACCAGUAGAUAUAUUACGUGAAAUAUUGCAUCAAUUCGGUGCGGAUUCACCACAAGCGAACUACUUUUUGCAAUUGCACGGUGCCAUCAAUACGUGUGUUAUGGCUCUGAUCAUUUUAUGUGCUGACAACGCAGCUGAUCUCGCUAUUAAAGAUGCGGCGUUGAGAAUAUUUUCAUCGUUGGGAUCACAACGGAAGAUGCCAAUGAAUGGCAUUUCAGCAAUGGGCAUGCGCUCUCCGGCAGGACGUCUGUCGUCACCAGACUGGCCGCAAGCUCGCAACAUAUCGACAGUGGCUGAUUGCACGUUUCGUUCUCCGUUGCGAACCUCAACUCCUGAACAGUUCUCAUUUAUGAUGUCGAAUUCGCCACCGAGAACGAUUGGACCUCCACCCAAUUCAUAUAUUUCCCAGAUGGAUGAAUACGCCACUGAUUCUCCUCUAUUACCUUACACGACCCGUUCGAGUUACAGACACGAUGCUAUUUAUGUUUAUUUCUCACGUAUUGUAUCGAAUCUUUGGACGUCUCCAUUGUGCUACAAAAUCAGUGAGAAUGAGAUAUCGAGUAUAUUUUCAUUGGAUGAACUGGACUGGUUAUCAGCACAAUUAUGUGCAUUCCAAAAAGCAAUCGAUGAAUAUGCUCUAAUAACAAACUCACAACAAACCUAUCAGCAGUCGUUGGUGUCUCGACGAGAUUCAAAUCCAUCCAACCAACGCAGUGUCGACGAUAAAGGUUUCUUUUAUUGUCGACUUUGA